AGGUGUUCAUGGCCAUUUCAACGGUCAACGCCCGUGGGCUUUGGCAGACGAGUGUCUCCUGGACCUGAUGGCUGAGCUGGUUGGGGCCCAAAGACAUGAAGUAGCCUUAAUGAAUGGGCUAACUGUUAACUUGCACCUCCAGAUGCUAUCUUUCUUUAAGCCUACUCCGAGACGUUAUAAAAUUCUUCUAGAAGCCAGAGCCUUUCCUUCUGACCAUUAUGCUGUUGAGUCCCAGCUUCGACUUCACGGACUUGAUGUGGAGAAAAGCAUGCUCAUGAUGCAGCCACGGGAGGGGGAGGAGACCUUGAGGAUUGAAGAUAUCCUGGCUGUAAUUGAGAAGGAAGGGGACUCUAUCGCUGUCAUUCUGUUCAGCGGGGUGCAGUACUACACAGGGCAGUUGUUUGACAUCCCUAGAAUAACAAAGGCUGGCCAAGGAAAGGGUUGCUUUGUUGGAUUUGACCUGGCUCAUGCUGUUGGGAAUGUAGAACUUCAUUUGCAUGACUGGGGAGUAGAUUUUGCCUGUUGGUGCUCCUACAAGUAUUUAAAUUCUGGAGCAGGAGGCCUUGCUGGUGCCUACAUUCAUGAGAAGCAUUCCCAGAGCAUUAAACCAGCGUUAAUUGGCUGGUGGGGCCAUGAAUUCAAAACAAGAUUCCUCAUGGAGAACAAGUUACAACUAAGUGAGGGAAUUAAUGGAUUUCGGUUAUCGAAUCCUCCAAUUUUACUGGUCUGUGCUCUGCAAGCUAGUUUAGAGGUUUUUGGUCAAACUACAAUGAAAGCAUUAAGAAAGAAAUCCAUUCUACUUACUGGUUACUUGGAAUACCUGAUAAAACAUUACUACAGUGAGGAUAAAACAAAUCCAGAGAAACCCUUUGUAAGAAUAGUCACACCAUCUCGAAUUGAAGAAAGGGGAUGCCAACUUACACUAUCAUUUUCCCUUCCAAUCAAAUCUGUGUUUAAAGAGCUGGAGAAGAGAGGAGUAGCUUGUGACAUGCGAGAACCAAACGCUCUUCGCGUUGCCCCAGUUCCUCUCUACAAUUCCUUCCGUGAUGUGCACAGAUUUAUUGAAAUCCUGGGAUCUGCAAUUACAUCUUCAAAACAAACAGCAAACAAUACUGGGCUAUCUGCUUCUUAUUGA